UCCAUCUCACGAGUUUCUCAAUUGAUUGCUUGUGGAGGCAUUGUGUCCACCAGUUGACGUCCUAAUUAAUCCUCAAGUGUAAAAUUGUUCACUGAAUUGUGUGGCACAGGGUGACACCAUAUAGCCAGUGCAUUUCGUGCUUCGUUGAAGUAUUGUCACUCUUAUCGCACUUUGAAGAAGAUAAGAGCUAUGAAUCACCUUGCGAGAAAUUAUUUCUGAACUGGCUCAGCAGUGAGAACAUCCAUAUACCAAGUUAGCCCAGUGCUGUUGGGUCCAUUAUAGCUUCAUGAUGUUCGUCGUGUUUGUCCGCCAAAACAGCCAUACAUUAAAUCAUUUUUCAACUGGUUCUCCAGCAUCUCAAUUUCUGCGCUAAGGAAGCAGUGUUGGUUUUUUUGUGAAUUGUGCUAAUAGACACUGCGUCACCUACAACUAAUUAAAAUUCCAUUGAAUCAUAAAACGUCUCCAUUUGAGGUGUGCUUGUAAAAUUACAAAAACAUUCCUCACAAGAGUUUAAGCCAAAUUUGUCUCGAUAAAAAUUAAAUAAUUAUUUCUUUGCAUUGUUUGAAGUGAAAAUUACACCUGUGAUCGAUUAGUAGGACUACAAAUUGCUGUAUGAAAUUGGUGUUGUGAAUAUCGAAGAAAAACUAACAAUGUCACUGCCAUUUGGAAAGAUUAAAAACCUCCUUGGAGCAUCAGAUGGUGGCCGAUCUAGUCGUAAAGUCUUUGAGAAAUUGGAACCUGUAGUUGGAUUUAAAAUGAAUCUAGUACCUGGGAAUGUUCCUACAACACAGGAAAGUGGAAGUCAAAAUGUUGCAUCAACUAUACCCGAACUUUGCGUACAUCUCAUUGGUGCUCGUCAUUUACCCGCAACCUUUGGCCUAAAGUCUGUUGAAGGCUACAUGGUAAUGGUUAAACUCUUUCCUGGGACACUUCGCUACAAUUCACCCAUUGAGACAUCUUCAUGGCCGCAAUUUAAUGAAAUCUUCAAAUUCCCCAUGGGCAGCUCUACGAAGAGUUCAAUAAAGCGUCCGAAGAAUCCCACAAAUGAACAAACCCUACCUCAGAAGCUAUUUAAGGGGCAUUUUGUAGUCCUCACUGUAUUUGCUUUAUUGGAACUUCCACCAAAUGCCACCUUUGGAGCUGGGAUGCGACAAGCAUACCGAUCAAUUAGACGAAAAGGAAGCCUUCUCCUUAAAGACAUCAACAAAUCUGCAGUACCUCAACCUGAAGAAGAAAUCUCUAGUGGAGAAAUUCUUAAAUUAACCAAAAGUGAAUCAAGAAGAAAUAUUGGAUCAGUCACAUACUUUCUAGAUCCAAAAAUUUUCAAUGAAAACACAAAAACAGGAAUUUAUUAUUCAGAUGAAUUUUGGUUACCACUUAAAGAUAUUACAGUGACGCCAACAAGUAGCACAAUAACCAAUUCAAUCAACUCCAGCACCAAAGGACAAGUUGAAGUAAUUCUUGAGCUACACGACCCCAUUGAACUGGCAGACGACACUGUGUCUCAGACCUCAGAGAGUCGCUCUACGUCUUCUAAACCAUGGAGCUUCAGUGAAGUAAAACGUAAAAUGCGAAAUGUUACGCGCAAGGAGAAAGUCACCCACACUGGGAUGUCCUUCAUGAUAACCAUUGCAAAAAUGCGCUGUGCAAUCAAAGUUAAGGAGGAAUUUGAAAAUAUUGCGGGUACGAUCUACGUGAAAAUGUCCAUCUUCGAGAGGGAUAUUCUAUCCAGCACGUGGCGCAGUGAUCCAUUUCUUCCAUCGCUCUCUACUCGAUGGAACCCAAAUGAUUCCACCAUUCGCAUUCCACUCAAUAACGUCUCAGAUCUCGAUCACAUUUCCAUUAAGAUCUCUGUUGCCACCAAAAGCAAGAUGGGCAAGAAAAUUGUUCUUGGGACACUCAUAAUGGGUUCGCAAGGAAGCUGUGCAAAAUUGGAGCACUGGCAAUCGAUGAUUGAGUCCCGCGGCUCACCAGUAGCCAUGUGGCAUAAUUUUGAAUAGUAUGGAAGCAACCCUACAGUGAUUAAUUCGCGUGUUCCGAAAACCCCUAAAAUAAAAUCUUUGAUGGCAAGAAAA